UCACGCACGAAAUACGUUCCCCAAAUCCUUCAUAUCUGUAUAAUAUGUGACGUACAUUUUAUUGUUCUUUAGACUCCUAACACCGAACUAUUUUUGCUGAAGGGUCUUAGCGGAAGAAUUAGAAAGUAUAUAAACUUAUUAUGUGUACCCGUAUUCAGAAUUGUUCAGGAUAGUAAAGAUGAAGUAUCUAAUUUGCUGUGUGAUCUUUGGUGUAGUUGCGGCUUCCGGUAAUCAUGGAGGUCCAAUGAGUAUAGUUGGUGGAACAAAUGCCUCACCCAAUCAAUAUCCUUAUCAGAUUUCAAUAAAAGGGGCAGGUUAUAACCAUUUCUGUGGAGGGUCUCUGGUUCGAACUGGAAGCGGUGAAAUAGUUGUAGUGACAGCUGCACAUUGCUUAGAAGGUGAACCGGCAUCUAACGUUCAAGUUGUUGUCGGUAGACAUACCAUUGAUGGCAGCUCAGGAAACCAGUAUACAAAGGAAUACAAAUUAAAGAAAAUAAUCCUGCAUCCUGAAUACGAUAGCGAUACAGUUAACAAUGAUGUUGCAAUCAUGUACCUAGAUGGCACUGUAGACAUCAAUGCUGGUGUUCAACCAAUAGAACUGUCAGAUAAACCAACUGUUAACUAUUUUAAUAAAGAAUGCAUUAUCACUGGAUGGGGUGCACUAACUGAAGGCGGUAAAAGUCCAAAUAUACUUCAGCAUGCCUCAGUCGAUUUCUUCCCUGAUGUCAAAUGCACAAAAGAUUACGGUGAUGGGUAUAAAAAGCAAACAAUGCUUUGUGGUGGAAAACGUGCUGGUGGUAUUGAUGCAUGCCAGGGAGAUUCUGGUGGACCAUUUGCCUGUAAAGAAAAUGGAAAACUGGUAUUAAGCGGAGUAACAAGCUGGGGACAAGGUUGUGCUCAAGCGGGAAAAGCUGGCAUCUAUACCGAUGUAUUUAUGUCUUGAUCUAUAUUGUAGGAGUAACAAGCUGGGGACAAGGUUGUGCUCAAGCUGGAAAAGCUGGCAUCUAUACCGAUGUAUUUACGUCUUGAUCUAUAUUGUAGGAGUAACAAGCUGGGGACAAGGUUGUGCUCAAGCGGGAAAAGCUGGCAUCUAUACCGAUGUAUUUACGUCUUGAUCUAUAUUGUAGGAGUAACAAGCUGGGGACAAGGUUGUGCUGAAGCGGGAAAAGCUGGCAUCUAUACCGAUGUAUUUAUGUCUUGAUCUAUA